AACAAAAAUGUGUAGCGAGUGCUGUGGGAACAUGGAAGGGGGAUUUUAACCAGUCCCUGGGAACUGUGAAGGAAGUCUUUUAGGGCAGCUCACCAGUGCGAAAGCGUUCGUGAAGGCGGAGAAGAGAAACAAGGGCUAAGAAAUCGGUGCAGAGGAUGUUUGGGCACCGCGGAGAGUUCCGCCAGGCUGGAGCCUGGGAGUGUGAAAAAACAGUUGAUGUGAAGAAGAGUAAAUCCUGUGAAGCUGAUGUCUCUAGUGACCUUCGAAAAGAAGUAGAAAAUCAUUAUAAGCUUUCUCUGCCUGAAGAUUUCUAUCACUUCUGGAAGUUCUGUGAAGAACUUGAUCCUGAAAAGCCAGCUGAUUCACUUUCCGAAAGCCUUGGACUUCAAUUAGUGGGUCCAUAUGACAUCCUUGCUGGAAAACAUAAAAUGAAAAAAAAAUCAUCGAGCCUGAAUUUUAACCUUCACUGGAGAUUUUACUAUGAUCCUCCUGAGUUCCAGACAAUAAUUAUUGGAGAUAAUAAAACUCAGUUCCACAUGGGGUAUUUCAGGGAUUCUCCUGAUGAACUUCCUGUAUAUGUUGGUACAAAUGAAGCAAAGAAAAAUUGUGUAAUUGUUCAAAAUGGAGAUAAUGUGUUUGCUGCGGUUAGAUUAUUUUUGAUGAAAAAACUUAAAGAAGUAACAGAUAAAAAGAAAACUAGUUUCUUGAAAUCCAUAGAUGAAAAGCUCACAGAAGCAGCCAGAGAACUGGGGUACUCACUGGAACAGAGAACCGUGAAGAUGAAGCAGAGAGACAAGAAAGUCGUGACAAAGACCUUUCAUGGUGCAGGCUUGGUUGUUCCAGUAGAUAAAAAUGAUGUUGGGUACAGAGAGCUCCCUGAAACAGAUGCCAACCUCAAGAGAAUUUGCAAGGCAAUUGUUGAGGCACCAAGUGAUGAGGAGAGACUAAAGGCUUUUGCUCCCAUUCAGGAAAUGAUGACCUUUGUGCAGUUUGCUAAUGACGAAUGUGACUAUGGCAUGGGGCUAGAGUUGGGAAUGGACCUCUUUUGUUAUGGUUCACAUUAUUUUCAUACAGUUGCUGGCCAGCUUUUACCUCUUGCAUACAAUCUGUUGAAGAGGACUCUCUUUGCAGAAAUUAUUGAAGAUCAUCUGGCAAACAGAAGUAAAGAGAACACAGACCAGCUUGCAGCAUGAGAGCUGGCUUUCCUUGGUGUACAAUAUUUUAAAGCAUUAAUAUUAAACUUGUGAUUUUUGUUUGUUUUUAAGGGAUACAGAAAAUAAACUGAUGGAAACAUUUACUAAAACUUUCUAUAAA